GAAUCGUAAAAGUUAGAGGGCGCUGUGUUCAGUUCAUGCGGGAAAUGGAGAGGUUGUAAUGUUGCUUUCAUUUAUAGCAUUCAGUAUGAAUUUUUAUUUAUUUUCAUCAUUAAAAAGCAACUGCCGUUGCAUCCCGAGAUACUGCACGCUUGCUUCUAAAAAUCUUCCUUCUAUACAAGAAUCUAAAGGUUCGAAGAUUUUGCAUUUCUUUAACAAGGCUGAAAAAAAUGAAUUAGAGCAACACAAUAUAGGAGAGAAAUAUAUUUCUCGAUUGAUUCAACAUAGAGAAAGAUACGGAGUUUUUAAGACACUCUCCGAAUUGAUUACGGUUACUGGCAUUGGUGUAGAUAAAUUACAGAAAGUUAGCAAGAAAACUAGUACAAAUAAGAAGUCAAACAAGACUCAAGCAGCGAAUAAAUUAGUAAUUAAUCCAGUUGUACCAUCAGUAGCAUGUGGCAAUAUUAAAAGUGUUGUGGGAUUGGACUUAACUCUUCCAUAUUUGACGGUCUCUCAUCUGAGUCGAGACAUGGUGCUUCACAGCUGGGAACGAAUUCCUGUUUCGAACGAUCUUAAAUAUGAUAUCCAUGCUUGUUACAGUGAGGCAAUUGACUUAGUAUCGAGAAUACCUGAAGCUGACAUAUACUUAAUGGAGCAGAAAAGGCUUCGUGCUAAGCAUUUAACUCACGUGCCGUACAUGAUAAGGCAGACUGCACUAGAAUCGUUUAUCUUAAGUCAAUUCAAACAUUCUGAAGAUAUUUUGCCAACUCAUCUUAAGGUGGUGACCAUAAAAAGCUCCUCAUUAUCCAGUGUCUUUCAAAUACAAGUUGGAAAUGAAAGGGUAACUAGCCAGGACAUCAUUCAUAAACUAUUAAACAAGGAGACCGUUCCUUUUUUGCCAUCACUUCCAAAAAUGUCCUUCGGUCCGGCGCUCCGAGAGUUGUACUUUCGUAGUAAUUUAACCGACAGAGAAUUCAUGUGCAAUAGUCUUUUAUUAUGUUUGGCAUUUUACGAACAUAUUGUUUUUAAAGCAGAAAAUAAUAUAUUAUAAUGUAUAUUUAUGCCAAAUGUAAAUAC